AUGACAAGAACACACUUCACCGAGGAGCCCCCAGAGGUCAUACCGCAAGCCAGCCUCGACCGCGCGUUUACACAAAAUGCAGACGGCACCGUCUCCGAGAAGCCAGACGAGCGAAACAGCCACAGCACAAGCGACAAUGACCAGGCCGGCGCCGCCGGCGCGGGGGGCCGCAACGGCAACCUCGAGAAGCUCGGGACGAACGACAAGUACGAAAUCACCGAGGACGACUGCUACGAAGAGCUGGGCUACAGCUUCCCGAACUGGAAAAAGUGGUACAUCCUCACCGUCAUCUUCUGGGUGCAGGUCUCGAUGAACUUCAACACGUCGCUGUACUCGAACGCCAUCCCCGGCAUCUCGGAGGAGUUCAACGUCAGCGCGCAGGCGGCGCGGUGCGGCGCCAUGAUCUUCCUCGUCAUGUACGCGUUUGGGUGCGAGCUGUGGGCGCCGUGGUCCGAGGAGUUUGGCCGCUGGCCGGUCUUGCAGCUCUCGCUGUUCCUCGUGAACAUUUGGCAGCUUCCUGUUGCGCUGGCACCGAACUUUGCCACCGUCAUGGUCGGCAGGGCGCUUGGCGGUCUUUCGUCUGCGGGCGGCUCGGUCACGCUGGGCAUGAUUGCCGACAUGUGGGAGUCUGAUACGCAGCAAUACGCUGUUGCCUAUGUGGUCUUCUCAUCCGUCGGCGGUUCCGUGCUGGGCCCCAUCGUUGGCGGCUUCACCGAGGAGUAUCUCGACUGGAGGUGGUCCAUCUGGAUCCAACUCAUCCUCGGCGGCUUCGUCCAGGCUGUCCACUUCUUCACCGUUCCCGAGACACGCACGACCAUCAUGAUGAACCGCAUCGCCAAGAAGCGCAGAAAGAACGGAACGCCCAAUAUCUGGGGCCCCGACGAGCUCGUCCCCUUUCGCGAGCGCUUUUCCGCCAAGGAGAUUCUCAUCACCUGGACUCGCCCUUUCAAGAUGUUUCUAACGGAACCAAUCGUUCUCGUCCUUUCACUUCUGUCGGGUUUCUCAGACGCUCUGAUUUUCAUGUUCAUCCAGUCCUUUGCGCUGGUAUACGAUCAGUGGCACUUCAGCACCGUAGCCAUUGGUCUGGCAUUUAUUCCCAUCGGCAUCGGCUAUGUCAUCGCCUGGCUGCUCUUCAUCCCCGCCAUCAAACGAAACAUCAAGGAGCGCCGCGAGAACCCCAACGACGAGCGCGCGCAGUACGAAUCCCGUCUGUGGUUCCUCCUGUACACCGCCCCCUGCCUGCCCAUCGGCCUCAUCGGCUUCGCGUGGACGAUCCAAGGCCCACCGAUUCACUGGAUCGGCUCCAUGAUCUUCGCCGCCAUCGUCGGCAUUGCGAAUUAUGCCAUUUACAUGGCCACCAUUGACUACAUGAUCUGCGCCUACGGACCGUACUCUGCCUCGGCGACGGGCGGAAACGGAUGGGCGCGCGACUUCCUCGCCGGUGUCCUGACCGUGCCUGCGACGCCCUUCUUUACGAAUAUCGGUGCGUCGUCCGGGCGCAACCUGGAAUACGCCAGCACCAUUCUCUUCUGCAUCGCGCUUCUGCUGGUGCUCGCGGUCUACGUCAUCUACUGGAAGGGCCCCACGCUGCGAAAGCGGUCGCCGUUUGCGCAGAAACUGGCCGAGCAGCGCGAUGACGAGGGCACGCAUCAGCGCAGGUUGAGCGUGUACCGUCCGCCCGAGAGGAGGCGAAGUUCCGCGGCCACGCAUGAAGAGGUCCCCGGGGGUCGGCCUGAGAUGGGCACCAGGCGGUACAGCCAGCAGAACCGGUUCUUUGGCGAGAGCCGCGUGACUCCUCGCGGUACGCCCAGAGGAACGCCCUCGGCGAGUCGGGCGAACAGCAUUGCCAGGGCUGCGAGGUAG